CUUUACUUUGUUUUUCAACUCUCUUCCCUCCUUUUUGCUCCUUCUUUUACUUGUUUGCACCCUCCUUCACACCAUUCACUCCCUUGUCAAAUCUUUGUCUCUCAAAACUCUACAAUAUAUAUAUUUUUAUUAACAUGAUUAGCACAUAAAACACCUUUUCUCCUAACAUAACUCAAUCAACUUCUCUAGUUUAUGAUAUCUUCAUUUCUCUCUAGUUUCUUCCAAAGAAAAAAUACUAUAAUUUGGGAACCACAUUGAACAAGAACAAGAACAAGAAAUAAACAUUGAAGAUGGAAAGGAGUGUAAACUAUUAUAUACUACUUCUUCUUCUGGCUCAUUUCCUUUGUUCUGGUUACAGUGAAACAAAUAAAGAAGCACAUGGACAUGUUACACAAGUAAAUCCACAAAGCCAUAAAGAGAAACUAUUAGAAUUUAAAGCUCCAAUUUCAACCACUCAAAGGGAUAUUACAACUCCAAUCACUACAAUUCCAAAUUUAGUUCCAACAAUUUCAACAUCACCAAUUUUGAAUCCUGAUUCCAAUCCAGAUACAUAUUCUCCAUCUUCAACGGUGCCGAUUACGGCUCCAUCGACGUCAAAUUCACCGGUUUCUUCAGGUGCAAGUUGGUGCAUUGCAAGCCCUAGUGCUUCACAAAGAUCUUUACAAGUUGCAUUGGAUUAUGCUUGUGGAUAUGGUGGUACUGAUUGUUCUGCAAUUCAACCUGGUGGAAGCUGUUAUAACCCUAAUUCUGUUCAUGAUCAUGCUUCUUUUGCCUUUAAUAAGUACUAUCAAAAGAAUCCUGUUCCAAAUAGUUGCAAUUUUGGUGGAAAUGCUGUCCUCACUAACACAAAUCCAAGUGUUGGGACAUGUCAAUAUCCAUCCACUAGUACAAGUUCAUCACUCUUAAACACAACAAACACAAGUGGUGCAAAUAUUUUUGGGUAUGUGCCUGUCCCAACAAACCCAUCUGUCUCUGCUGCAGCUUCAACAUCAAAUAGCUUUGCACAAAUUUGCUUCAUUAUUUUGGCAAUUGCAAUUUUACAAAACAAGUAUAUCCAACAUGAAGAAUGAGAGUUUUUUAUUUUGCAA